GCUAUUGUAGUUCUUGUUUGCUGUGUGCUCUCGACAAAUAGUGCAUUUUUGCAUCUGAAUAUCAUCAUUUUUUGGCUUGUUUGUUUGAAUUUGCUGAUGAAAUUCUUGUAAAUCGCGAUAUUGAAUAAUAAUAAAUUAGAUAAGUUAUUAUUAUUAUUUUGUUUUUGUUUUGGCGAAUGUUUGUCAUAUGUAACGAUCAUCAUCAUCAUCAUCAUCUAUAAUUUUCUAUAGUAAUCCAUCAAUAUCACUAGAGAAAAUGUCAUUGGCUUGUGAAUCACCGAUUCAUAAUAAUGAACAACAACAACAACAACACCACGAAGAUCCUCCCAAAGGAACAAUAUAUGAUGAUGAAGAAUUGGAUUUUGAGGAAGAAGUUCCAUCACAAAAAUCACCAAACGAUGUGUCCAAAAGUGAUAUUGACGAGGAUUUGGAUGCCGAUGACAAUCAAUCAAUGAACGAGCUGCAAACAUCACCAACGGGUAAUAAUCGUAGACCGAAAGAAAAAGAUGAAGGUGAAAUUGAUUCCGAAGAUGAACUUGAAGAAGGCGAAGUAAAAGAAGAUGAAAAAGCUGAACAAGCCACAGAUGAUUCUACAGUCGAUAAUUGCUCAUCCAAAGCGUCGAAUCGCGAAGAAAUUGCAAGUAAUGUUGCGGCCACUAAUGACAAUAACAAUAUAAAACGACCAUUGUUACCACAGGAGCGGAAAGGUUAUUACAACAAUCAGCAACAGCAGUCUUACUAUUACAAUAAUCGUUAUUUGAAUCCAAGAAUCGAUCGUUAUGGUAAUCAAAUUGUCCGAACAAAAGAACCGAUUCUACCAUUACCAACGCCGACAGUUGCUCAUAAGCCAAAAAUACAACACCAAUCAUCCUCUGAAUCGGCUUGGGAACGAGGAUUGAAACAGGCUCGUGAAUUAAUUUCACGUGCAUCGAAACGUAAAGAAGUGGAAGAAGAUUUCGAUCAUAAACGCUACACUAACACGGAGAAAAGUCAAGAACCAUAUAAUGAACUUGAACCAUCUGGAUCUCCAACAUUGCCGCCAUUGCCUGCACCACCACCAACUUCGACAUCGUUGCUUGGCAAUCCACCGUCCAAACGACGUCGACAUUCACAUUCUUCGUCCGAAGAUGAAAUGGAAAGAAGACAUCGACUUGCAUAUGAUGCUGCUCCAUGGAAUAACCCACGUGAACUUGGUUCAACUGGCCAGCCAUAUUCAUCAUCAUCGAAUUAUCGUUCUUCUCGAUCUAAUUACUAUAGCUCUCAAUAUAGCCGAUCAUCCACUGGCGGCAACGAUUCGUUUCGUGAUCCAUGGCGACGAUCUAAAUCUCCACAAGCUCGACAAAUUCCAUACAAUAGAAAUCGAGAUGUGCCUGCCGAUGCACGAUAUGGAGAAACAUUGUAUAAUAAAAAAAUGGGCGCCGAAAGUCGAUCCGACUCGAUGUCAUCAUUAUCAUCCAUUUGUUCAUCAUCAUCAUCAUCCGAAUCAGGUCACAGUAGCCGAAAAUUACCUUAUAGCCGACGACGAUCAAGUUCAGAUUCGCGUAGCCGUUUGGUGGAUAAUGAAACAUACAGCGAACAUAGUAACAAAUCAAAAGGUCUUGGUAGAAUACCCAAAAAAAUCAAUGCCACAUCAACCGUGGUCAAAACAAAACAUGAUGAUGACGACGAUGACCAUUCAAUUAAAUCAUUCGAUUCGUGGUCAGAAUCACUAUCAGAUUCGGACAGCUACUAUUCGAUUUCAGAUUCCGAUGCAAGUGAUCAUCAUCAUCACCGUCAUACGAAAGAAUCAUCCAAUUCCAAACAAGGUGCAAAAGUGUCAUCCACUAAGACAUGGCGAAAUUCGGAUGAAAAUCGUUUGCAAUCAUCAUCAUCAUCAUCAUUAUCAUCGAAAUCGCAUCAUCAUAUGAGUAAAAAUAGCAAGGAUUCAUCAAUCAAAAAUAAUGACCAUGCAAUGAGCAUGAAAGAAACGAAUGUGAAAAAAUCGAAAGCAGCAGAAAGUAAAGUACCGAUAAAAAUGACAUUUAUGAAAAAGCAACAAUCAUUGAAACAAGAUACAAUCAUCAAUGAACAAUUGAAUGGAGGUAAUGUAUCGGAUUUAGAUGAAAAUUCUUCAUUCUCUAGAACUAGCCAGAAAAGUGUGCAAAGUAAUCGAUCAUUGGAUGACGAUGCAAUGGAUGCCGAUGAUAAUCAAGAUGAAUUACAACAACAACAACAACAAAUAGAUGAUGAUGGUGAUACUACUACUACUUCAUUAUCAUUGAAAUCAUCGGAAAAACAUCAUCGACGAGAAGAGUUGCUCAUGAAAUUGAAAGCUGUUGAAGAGGCUAUUGAGCGAAAAUUGAGUUCCAAAAAUUAAUUGAGCCUCAAAUAUAUUUGACGAUGAUAAUUGAACAAAUGAGGCAGAAAACAUAUAUUUAGCGUGAAAAUAUUUUCAUUUUUUUUAUUCAUUCAUUUAUUCAUUUCUGUAUAAAAAUAUUUAAUUUGAAAAAAUAAAUGUAACAUUGUUUAUGAAUGGUCCCAUGUAUUGCUGCUGCAGUACAUGUACAUAAAAUGAGCAUGUGUUUGCAAAAC